AUGUUUUGUUAUAGCGGACAUCACCUAGGGGCAUCGUCAUUAGGAUUAUCCAUACAAAAUCCUGCCUUGAAUUGUAAAGAUCUGAAAAACAAAAAACCAUCAGUUGCAUCAGGAGUCUACUGGAUUGACCCGGAUGGUAGUUACCAUGGGAACGCUUUUGAGGCCUACUGCGACCAAAAAACGGACGGGGGAGGCUGGACACUAGUUUGGAGUUACACUUUCACAGAUUACUCAAGCUUUGCAAGUAGCAAAAACGCAGUCACCCCUCGUCCUACCUGGACAGCCAGCAAUGCUAACACUCGGGUAUCUACAACAGUUCCACUCAGCGAGACCCACUAUGAAGCCAUGGACUUUGCUUUGUGGCGCACCAUUGGUAACCAGGUCUUAAUCAAAAGUAACAUCAACAACUGGAUCGUUUGCAAGGAAGGCAGUGGCAGCAUAGUGAGACAAAAGGCCGGGUCACUCAGCUGUAAACUGGUUAAACAGGUUUCACAGCAGUGUGCUGGGGUUGUACCAACAUCCUUUCAUUUAGACAGUUACGGGCCUUAUCUUUCCACCAGCAGUCUCUACUUUUACUUUGAAGGUGGUACAGGCGGCGGCUGGCCCACACAUGACCCAUGUGGUAAAAACCUACAAAAUCAGUUAAAAAGCGUUGCCAAUCCACAUGGAAAUAUUUUUGUUCGUUAA